GCCACCGUCCAUUUAACCCAUCUCGUAGCGACCGCUCCCCCCCUCUCUCUGUCUCUCUCUUUUUUUUCCUCGCUCGCUCGCUCUCGUCCAGUUUUGAGAGGAGCGGAGGGGCAAGAUGGGCAACUGGGCGAUGUUCGACAGCAUGCUGGCGGACACGGGCUACGCCGUCGCACAAGCGGAGCUCCCUCAACUCGCAGAUCGAAUGGAGCGGCUCGAGAGCCUCGGAGUCGAGCGCUUCGAUCAGGACGUGGUCCACUCCAACCCAUCCGACAUCUCCGGCUGGAUCGACAGCCUCAUCGAGCAGCAAACCCGAGGUAGUCCGCUAGACUCGCAGCAAGAUAACACCAGCAGCAGCCCCUCGCCGCCAUCUCUGUUUAGCUCUUGUCCUCACGACUCGAGCAGGAUCGCCACCACCACCAGCGCGCUGCCUCUCCACAUGAUCCACACCCAGACCGAUGACGAGCAGCAGGACGACCAAGAGGCAAACGGGCUCAAGCUCAUCCACUUGCUCUUCGCUUGUGGAGCCUGCCUUGGCCGAGAGGAUGACAAGUCUGCCAAGGCCGAGGAGUUUCUCAACCAGAUCCGCAUGCUGCUACUCUCCAUGGGUGACAGCGCUGGAGCUAUCGGCCGAGUGGCUGCUUACUUCGUCGAGGGUCUCUCUCGCCGGAUCCUCUUUGGUUCUCUCCCAGCAGCACAAGCCGAGGAAGCCGAUCCAGCAUUCCUCGAGAGCUUCUACCGGACCUGUCCCUUCCUCAAGUUCGGCCACUUCACCGCCAACCAAGCCAUGUACGAGGAGCUCGAGGAGGAGCGGAGCGUGCACAUCAUCGACUUCGAGUUUGGGCUGGGUGUCCAGUGGCCGCCGCUCAUCCAGAUGCUGGCUAUCCGGCCCGGGGGGCCUCCGUCCCUCCGCUUGACCGCCAUCGCCCCCGACCACCUCCAGUUCCAAGUCCACCACACUGGAAACAGGCUCGCUCGGUUCGCGGCUAGUAUAGGCGUCGAUCUCCAGUUCCAGACCGUCAACUCCAUCGCCUCCGUCCUGGUCUACCCCGGCGAGGCUCUGGCUGUAAACUCCAUGCUACACCUUCACCGCCUCGUUGACGAUAGCCUCGACUCGGUCCUGGCAUCGGUGAGACGCCUGUCUCCCAAGAUCUUCACGCUGCUCGAGCAGGAUGCCAGCCACAACAGCCCCGACUUCGACAACCGCUUCAACGAGUGCCUCCACUACUACUCCGCCAUCUUCGAUUCAAUCUACCAGCAGUUCGGUCAAGUGGAGCAAGCGGUUCUCGAGUCCGAAGCCCACCUGGGCCGAGAGAUCGUCAACAUCCUUGCGUGCGAAGGCAGAGCCCGAGUCGAGAGGCACGAGCGGCUGGAGCAGUGGACUCGGCGGAUGUCCGGCAUGGGCUUCAAACCGAGGCACCUCGGGUCCAAUGCUUACAACCAGGCUGCCACCUUCUUGACCAUUUUCCCAGGGGGUGGUCACACCAUCCAAGAGACUGCCGGUUGCCUGACGCUCGGGUGGCAGUCGCGUACCCUGUUUGCAGCCUCUGCCUGGCGCUGCUAAACGCAAAGCAAUGCAACGCAACGCAGC